AGUUUCCCAUUCUGUGUGUGUUGUGUUGUAUUUAUCAGUUACCGCAUACAAUUACUACGGUAUCUCAACCAUUGAUUGCUAUCGGUACGUGUAUAUAACAUAUUUCGGAAACUGUUCUAUAUUCAGUAAACUCCGGUUUGAUUACAAACUACAACUUUGUCAACCAUGGCAAACGAAGGAAUUUCACCGCAAGAGAUCGAGGCGCUAUGUCAAACUCCCGACCCUUCAACCAGGGACUUCAUGUUCCAACAAACGAUGUACCGCAUCAAAGACCCUAGGAAGUCCAUCCCCUUCUACACUGGAGUCCUCGGUAUGACAUUGCUGAAACAACUGCACUUCCCAGCUAUGAAGUUCUCGUUAUUCUUCAUGGGGUAUGAAAACCCUGCUGAAAUUCCUUCGGAUGAGGCUACUAGGACCGCUUGGGCUAUGACCAGGAAGGCUACCUUGGAAUUGACAUAUAACUGGGGCACAGAGAGCGACGACUCGAGUUACCACAACGGGAACUCAGACCCGCGCGGCUUCGGUCACAUCGGCGUACUCGUCAAGAAUGUCGAUGAAGCUUGUGCUAGGUUUGAACAACAAGGAGUGAAAUUCAUCAAGCGUCCCAACGAAGGUAAGAUGAAAGGUCUGGCUUUCAUCCAAGACCCCGACGGCUACUGGAUAGAAAUCUUCACAAGCACUGUUGUUUAACCCCCACUGCAUGUUAUAAUGUUGCUACAGUGUAGGAUUCAUUGUUUAUAACUAGAUUUUCAACUGUGUUGGGACGGCUUGUAGUUUAAAAGGAAGGAAUUGAGAAAAUUACAGUCAUAUGACUAGUGGCUACAUAACAGUUAGCGUGUUUCGAAAGGCACUUUGCAUUGGUGCCGGCUGUUAUUUGAACAUCUUUAGCAGUUGUUACGGGUAGUCAGAAGCCAGAAAGUCUGACAACAAGUCUUACUAAAGGAUAUCAGGUUAACUGGGUUGAGGAGGUCAGACAGACAGUCACUCCUUGUAAAACACUGGUACUCAGCUGCAUCCAGUUAGACUGGAAGCCGACCCCGACAUAGUUGGGAAAAGGUUAGGCAGAUGAUGAUUCUAUACUGUACCAACAACUAAAACUUAAGAAAAUGCAUAGAAUUGUAUAUCAAGCCCCACUGUUGGGAAACCAACGUCAAUAGUUAUAAGUAAACACUAUUAAUGUGAUAGCCCACUGCUGGACAAAAGUUUGUUACGUUAUAUUUAACCGCAAACAUUUAUAGGACAGUUAAAAAUAUUAAACCUGUAGUUUAUAAGCAAAAAUCUAGUGAAAAUAGUACUUAUAUGUAAAAUUGUUGGGAAAAAAUAAUACCUUGAUUGGAACGGUUGCCCACUGCUGGGCAACGGAUUGUGAUUAAUAAUUAUAAGUAUAAUUUUUGUAUUUGUUUGUUAUUCUUGUGUAUUGGUUCUAACGUGCAAUUAUCAAUUGAAAUAUAUUAUAAUAAUGUUAUUUACAA